ACGUAGGUAUGAAAUAAAAUAAAUUAAAUGACGACGUUUCGGGCGAAACACAUCAGGUGGGACAACCACAGCAAGAAACAAUUGCUGAAGCGGGCACUUGCCCACUGGUGACGGACGCUUCUGAUAUUUAACUAUGUUGAGACUGGAUGAUUGUAUCAUACCUGUCAACCCCAUACGGUUUACCCCGUAUUCUUGUACAGUACCGGUAAAUUUAGUGUUUAGGUCCAUACGGCGUACAGCCGUUUCAAUACGGGCAAAAACAAUGUCGGUCUGUUUGUGUUUCUACCUUGUGAUGGGACUUUGUAGGGAUGAACAUUGAGAUGUAUAAGGGCACGGGGUGACCAAUAAGGUAUGAAUUGGUCUGUAAUAAGGUAGGUACUGAUGAGAGGUUAACAGGUCUAUGAUGUAUGUAUGUUGGACUUAUUUCGCACCGUACGUAGCCAAUCGUGCUAAUUGGAGGUGCGUGGGGAAUGACAAACUAAAUCCGAUGAUCUAUGAAGCUCUUUUUAAACAGAUUGCAAGUAGGGACAGGGCCAACCUCUUACCACGGCAAUUCUCUCUCCCACUUCAGCAAAACAAAUAUUGCUGUGGUUUUCCCACCUGAUGAUGAUUGCUUGUGUUGCAAUCGAAACGUCGUGAUUUAAUUUAUUUUAUUUUAUACCUACGUGCCUUUACCGAAAUAACCAAAGAGUAUGGAUCCCUGCAGUCACGAAAACUUCAAAUAUAGAUGACAAAGACCGAUAGGAGUGUAAAAUACAAAAGAGGUAAGCGAGUUACUAUAAAUAACAAUACAUUGCUGUUGGUUUCUUGCAACCGAGAGAGGAGAACGAUCAAGAGGCAAAGUUGAGUCUCGUUUGGAAGAGUGAUCUGGAGGUCAUCCAAAGGCAAAACAAAUGAAGUAUCUUUUGAUUUAAAUCUUUCGUGACUGCAGGGAUUCAUAUUCUUGUGUUUUUUCAGUAAAGUCACGUAGAAGGGAAAAAAAAAAUCUUGCUGUGGAUUUCACACCUGAUGAUGAUUGCUUGUGUUGCAGUCGAAACGUCGUGAGAAUUUGUAUUGUUUUAUAUUUUUAUUAUUUUAUUAUUUACCUUCUACGUGACUUUACCGAAAGAACCAAGAAGAAUUAAGUAUCGUAAAAUAAAGCAAAAGCAGACACACUUGAGUAGCAAGAACAACUGCUUUGCAUGAAAAAUCGUGCACAAAGCGUAAACUUGUUUAACAAUACAAUUCCCCGCAGCAGAAUUCAGCUUGGGCGGAUUUUUUUUCAGACGGAUCAUAAUUAAGUUACACAAUGAAGGUAUGGAAAAGUUGAACAAGAUAUAGGCGUGACUAUCGAAUUGAUGUGUAAAGAAAUAACGAUUCGUUGAUUCGGUUUGAGUUUAGGUUCACCAGGUGAGAAGAGCGCAAGACCUGGGUCACCAACAUGACAAAAGGGAUAAAGUGAAAACAUGUACAUGUACAACGGUGCAGCAAAUAAAAAUUAGAGCCAAAACAACCAAACAAAAAUGAACACGAAACAAAACUCUACACACUCGCCAUUAACACCGCUGAAAACGGAGUCUGCGAAAUGGCCCUUCUUCAUAGCACAUAUAAUUUAGAUCAAUUAUCACUGGUAGAACUCUAACACAAUAAUUUAAAUUUUCGCAAAAAAGUUGCAUCAUCAUAUAUUUUUUUAAAUAUAACUGACGCUGUUAGCAGGGAUAUACAUAUUAAUAGCUAUAUUUCCGUUCACAAUGCAUUCACUGAAUUAUAUAGAUUAAAAUCUAUGUUCAGAAAUGUUUCGCAAUGUAUAUAUUUACAAAUGUACAGAGUUGGGGAACAUGGAUAGAGAACGCGGGCGUCAAUGUACAACAGCCGUGCCCGGGGCGGGGCUAUGCAGCUGAGCGUCGUCACGUGGGCCGAGAGACUUUUAUGUGACGUCACAAACCUAAAUUGGUGACGACAACCUGGAGAGCGUUUGGGCCACCACGACGGCUGCGAGCAGCAAAAUCGAGUCUCCCAAACUUCAAGAGAUUGUUUCUUCUCGACGCAAGAUGGCAAUAAAUCUCCUCAGCAAUCGCUAUGCGGUUUUGGAAAAACUGGGUGAAGGAACAUUUGGCGAGGUUUUCAAAUGCUGGGACCACAGGAACUGCAAGGAGAUGGCCCUCAAGAAGAUUGACAUCACAUUAAGCAUCACGGACGAGGAAGCAUAUAACGAGGCUGGCUUCCUCAAGAUGUUGAGACACAAUAGUAUCCUCCGGCUUGAGGAAAACUUCGUCGUCGGAGAUUACCAUUAUCUCGUGUUGGACUACAUCAGCGCGGGCAGCCUCUUUGACGUUCUGAAAGCGAACGGAGCAUUUACUCUGUCCUCCGUCAAGAGAUAUGCCCAGUCCCUGAUGGAAGCGCUGGCCUUCCUGAAGAAGAACGGCGUAGUCCAUGGGGACCUCAAACUGGAAAACAUCUUGGUGAAAGAUCACCAGACGGCAGCCAUCCGAUUGGCCGACUUCGGAGGAAGUUUUUUUGAAUAUGAACUUCCCGAUCGUUGCUUUGGUACGCCCGGAUACAAGGCUCCCGAAGUCUUGCUGGGCCAGCCGUUUGGAACAUCAAUUGACAUGUGGGCUGCCGGGUGCAUACUAGCUGAGAUAUCUGUCGGAAAACGACUGCUGUCAAUACGCAGCAAGAUUCAGGAGAUCCCUGGCAUCACAAAGAUUGUGGGAACACCACCCUUAGAGAUGCUGCACGCUGCACCACAUGGUCAUCGGUAUUUCAACUUCUUUGGGCAACUCACCGAGGAAUGUCUGCAGGAGACCCCUCAGUGUUGCCCGCUCAAGGAGUUUCUGAAAACGAGAGACCCAUUGUUCCUGGACUUCAUCAGCUCCAUCCUAUGCUGGAACCCAGAUGACCGCCUGACUCCGGAAAGUGCUCUCAAGCAACCAUGGAUGAGUGCAGCCCCAGCUCUACCACCUGGAUUUCACCAGGCACCAGCAUGCAAGAUCAACUCCCACCUGGCUCCGUCAACCAUGGCCUUUCCGAUUCUGGACCUCUGCAACUUCCACUUCCCAACUCUGGACCCCAACAACAUCCCUUUCAAGACAAUGGACCCCUACAAAUUAUGCUGGCUGGAUUCGAACCCUAAUAACUUCUCCAUCCCGGCUCCAGCACCUUGCCACCUUCCCUCAAUUUCACGACUUCCUUCUCCUGGCCAAAUUCCAGUCGCAUCAUUUUGCAGCAGCUCUUCCGGAGUGGAAAUAUCCAUUUUGGCCACUGAGGUGUCCACUGCCAUUUUUCUUCCAUCUCCAUCUGCCAUUCCAGUCCCCUUCAUUCAACCAAGGACUGACACCUUCCUGGCUUCUGCUUCUGUUGCAUUAAGCAUCGGAACCAAUUUGGAUGUGGAGAUGCCUACAGCCACUAGCUCAAUAUCCACCACAAAAUGCAGCAUUCAGGUGGAAGAUUUGAACACUGCUGUGUCUCAUACAGCAUCAAUUGCUGACCCCCUUCCAGAGUCGGAGACCAGAAUUGAUGUGGACAUCAAGCCUCUGGAUUUUGAGGAAAUUCUCAUUUCAAUUGAGGCAAUCGAUGAGACGACCCAAAAUGGAGCCGAGACAAGCAUGGGCUCCAUAUUGUCUCUGCCUAUAAACGCAGACGACACUGUUAACCCUAUCCUGGAGUCCGAGAGCACGGUUAAGGCAGACUCUAAGCCUCACGAUGCUGAACAAAAGCAAGCCAUGGUGCAGAGUGACAUGGACAGUGCAGAAAUAAUGCAGGUCCCCAAAUUCAAAUCACUAACCAUCCGCAAGAGAUUGCAUCGGUUCGGACGCGCUCUUUUUAAGUUGGUCUGUGGUUGUGGGAGAAGUGGUGAGGGGGAGUAAAUGUUUUAAUAUUGUAAAAUAUAUGGGCAGCCCUCAACUUAUAAACAGGUUUUAUUCCUGGGACCUGUUCAUAAGUCGAACGGUUUAUCAGUCGGUCGUCAAAAAUGUAUUAUAUUUAAAUGGACAUAACUCAUUGCUGUAAAAAAAUUUACUGUUUUAAAAAGGAAAAUAUUGUUAAUCUCAUAGUACAUUGUACAUUUGCAUGUUAUAUUGUAAUAAAUACUAUAUUGUACAUAACAUACCAAAUAAAUGUUGGUAAA